ACGCACAUCGCUUUGCCGGGUGGAAUACCGGACUGACUUUGCCCAUAUACCUUUACCACUCCAAAUUGCUCUCUCUCUCUCUCUCUCUCUCUCCCCGCAUACAUAUACUGAUAUAUUCAUCCGCUCCCUCAACAGAUCAGGCUUGCGUCUUUGAAAGGUGGAUAGAAGGAAAUUGUUAGAGUUUUGCUUUCGAUGGGGAAAGGAUCGAAGAGUGGCGUGUGCAAGACAGCGUCGCACCAGCACUUCAAGGACAGGGCAAAGAACCGUGUGGAUGAUCUCCAAGGCAUGUUUGCAGAUCUUCAAUCGGCAAGGAAGGAGAGCCGUUCGAUCGAGGUGGCCGUGCUCGAAGAGCAAGUGCAUCAGAUGCUUCGUGAGUGGAAAGCUGAACUCAAUGAGCCCUCCCCGGCCUCUUCUUUGCAGGGUGGGAGUUUAGGGACUUUUUCAUCAGAUAUUUAUAGGCUGCUGCACCUGUGUGAGGAAGAAGAUGAUGCUACCAGUGCAUUAGCUGCCCCGAAGCCUGAGCCCGAUGCUCAAAAAGUUAGCGACCGUACUGGCUUCCAGCAGGGCUUUGGUGUGAAUCAGCGGCCACAUCAGCACGACUUCCAAUUGGUUGAUCAAUGCAAAGGCUCCCCUUCGGUAGUUCAAAACAUGGGAGUCAAUAGCUCAGGUUUUCCCUCUCAGUUGGACUAUCAUGCAUAUGAUCUACAUCAAGAUGAUCGAAACUUCUACCCUGGUUUAGAUGGUACUGGGGCUCUGUAUGGAGAGGAUGCUAUGCAUCAGAUUUCUGGCAUUUUGCCAAAUAUUUGCCCUCCACCUUCUGCGUUCUUGGGGCCAAAAUGUGCACUUUGGGAUUGUCCCAGGCCUGCUCAAGCAUUGGAUUGGUGUCAAGACUAUUGCAGUAGCUUUCAUGCAGCACUUGCACUGAAUGAAGGGCCUCCUGGUAUGUCUCCAGUUCUGCGACCUGGGGGCAUUGGCCUAAAGGAUGCUCUGCUUUUUGCUGCUCUUAGUGCAAGAGCACUGGGAAAGGAUGUUGGUAUCCCCGAAUGCGAGGGUGCUGCAACUACGAAGUCUCCGUGGAAUGCUCCUGAGCUUUUUGAUCUUACAGUUCUUGAAGGCGAAACAAUCAGGGAGUGGCUCUUUUUUGAUAAGCCUCGAAGGGCAUUUGAGAGUGGGAAUCGAAAGCAACGAUCACUGCCAGACUAUAAUGGACGCGGUUGGCAUGAGUCGAGGAAGCAAGUGAUGAAUGAAUUUGGAGGGCUGAAAAGAUCAUAUUAUAUGGAUCCACAACCAAGGAAAGAUUUUGAGUGGCACUUGUAUGAAUACGAGAUCAACAAGUGUGAUGCUUGUGCAUUGUAUAGGUUGGAAUUUAAGAUGGUUGAUGGGAAGAAGAGCACAAAAGUGAAAUUAACAAAUGACUCAGUUGCUGAUUUGCAGAAGCAACUGGGAAGGCUCACUGCCGAGUUUCCUUCGGAUAACAAGCGAUCUGUGAAGGGUAGGACCAAGGCUACUACUCUGAAGGAUAGUGCCGGUAAUAUUUAUUCUGCUCCAAAAUUAAUGACUCCUACAAAUGAAGGGUUUGACUAUGGAACCGGUGGGCCCUAUGAUUACCUUGUUGACAACUUGAAUGGUGGCUACUAUUUGACGUAGUUUGAAGAAACUUGUUUGCUCAAGGAAUAAGUGGCUUUUUGGUCGGUCUAGUAGUAUACAUCGACCUAAUUGUUUCACCGGGUAGUAGUUUUGUUUAACUCUAUAACAUCCAGCCUUCAGUCUUUCAGCAAUUGAACCUCGUUUUUAUCUCGAGGAUCUUGUGCAUAGUUGAAUGCCAUAUGGAGCUGGAGGUCUGCAACAUUUUGGCUUUUGGAGCAUAUUCUAACUGGUGGAAGAUGGUUCCCAGAAUGAUAAAUUUGGCUGCUCUUAUGUCAUUUUAUUAACUAGUUGCGGUGUACUUAUACUGGAAAAUAUACCAUGGGUCGGCACUUGGCAGAAAUGGAUUGGCAGGUGGACAAUUGUGAUGUCUGCCAAACCUUUAUUUAGGUUCUAAGAGUUUCAUCUAAUUAUACCUACCGAAGGUCGAAUUUCUUGACAAGUAUUUGCAGAAAGUUGUAACUGGUUGUCGCUGGAUAUAUAGAAUGCUUUUCUUAUUAUCCUUGGGAUAUGCGUAGUCGGGUUUGUGGGAGUAUUUGUGAGUUUCCAGUGACUGUAUAUUAUACCGCUGCACUUAAUAUUUGAUCUUGAGUGUCUCCCUGGGCAGGAUGGAUCUGUAUUCUGCUUUAGAUUCAAAUGUAUCCGGAUGGAUUAUCCUUUUAGUUGCUACUACACUCUAUCAAUGGCCACUUAUGUAACAAAUAUUCUGAAUCACAAUGCAAGUGUAACUUCUCGUGAUCAGAAAGCUCUUCCAAAUUUUUGAAAGGUUGGUUUGGAUUA